AUGAGUGAUGGAUUUUGCAGUACUCAUUUGCAGAUCAUGGUUAGGACCAGAGGAUUAGGUCGUGCCUUAGGUCAGGUUACUGGCAGAGGUGUGGGCAGAGGAGAUCAUGAUGAUUCCGAUGAUGCUCCGCAGCGUCGACGACCUACUGCAUCUGCACGGAGGCAACGAGUCGCUAUGACUGCGGCGCACGAUGAGUCAGUGGUCCCUGCGCCAGAUGUUCAGGAUGACCCAAUGGAGGCACCAGCUGCUGCAGAGGACAUUGUGGCAGACAUUCCUGCGGGCACAGGCGCAGAGGCUGCUGAGGAUGAGCAUCAAGGAUUUUCGGGUGGUCUGAGCGACCCAUCCGUGUUGACCCAGUAUGCGGAUCACGUUGCUUGCAGCAUAUGGACGGGAGAGGAGCGUCCUGAAUUGAAGCUAUCCUUUCAUGGAAGGAAGGUCCAUAGUUUAUGCAGGUCUGUCCCUGCCAUUGAGGGACUUAUUGCUGGUACAAGACUAAGUCCUCUGAUCGCGUGUUCAGUAGACAUCGGCGAUCGGGGACUUUUGUCCGCGUUUGUGGAGCGAUGUCACCGGGAGACAUCUAAUUUCCAUCUCCCGGUGAGAGAGCUCACCAUCACGCUGGACGACGUCUCCUCGCUUCUCCAUCUGCCCGUGGUUGGAGACUUACAUGCCUUUCAGCCCUUGCACGUGGACGAUGUGGUUCAGAUGCUGGUCGACUUAUUGAUGGUCUCUACAGAGUUUGCCAGGGCUGAGACAGCCCAGUGUUGUGGAUCGUACGUAUGCCUGCAAUGGGUACGUGAUAUAUAUGAGCGCCAAUUCCAGACAGGUCAUUGGACAGCUGCGGCUCGCGCAUAUGUUCUCCAUCUUCUGGGUUGCACUCUAUUUGCUAACAAGAGUGCAACCAAUGUGCAUGUUGUCUACUUGGAGGCCCUUCGUGACCUCAGUAUGACGGAGAGGUACGCCUAG